CAAAGCUUUCAUAUUCUCUCUCUCUCUUCUUCUUCUUUUUUUUUCUUACAUAAAAAAAGACAAGAGAAGAAAAGGGCGAACAGCGGAGGAGAACCACCCUGUGAAUUAUGGCUGCUCUCUCAGCCUGGUUUUGGAACGAGAGGUUUUGGCUGCCGCACAACGUGACCUGGGCGGAUCUGGCAGACCCAGCUCCCGGGGUGGAGUAUCCUAAAGCCGGACACUUGGUGUCUGCCUUGCCGCUGGCUGUGGGACUGUUUACCGUCAGGCUGUUCUUUGAGAGGUUUAUCGCCAGUACCUUCGCCCAGAGGCUCCACAUUCAGGCAGAUGUGGGACGGCGAGCUCAGCCCAAUGCCGUCCUGGAGAAAGUGUUUACAUCCAUCACGAAGAACCCAGACUCCCGGCACAUGGAUGGGCUCUCCAAGCAGCUAGACUGGGAGGUGCGGAAGAUCCAGCGCUGGUUCCGUCACCGCAGGAACCAGGACAAGCCCAGCACGCGCACCAAGUUCUGCGAGAGCAUGUGGAGGUUUACAUUUUACCUCUGUAUAUUUACCUACGGGAUCAGGUUUCUAUGGCAGUGUCCUUGGAUGUGGGACACGCGGCAUUGCUGGUACAAUUACCCCUAUCAGGUCCUAACUCCAGGGCUUUACUACUACUAUGUGACAGAGCUGGCCUUCUACUGGUCGCUCAUGUUCUCCCAGUUCACUGACAUCAAGCGGAAGGACUUCCUGAUCAUGUUCAUCCAUCACUUGGCCACCAUCAGCCUGAUCAGCUUCUCCUACGCCAACAACAUGCUGCGAGUGGGCAGCCUGGUCAUGUGUGUUCAUGAUGCCUCCGACUUCCUGCUCGAGGCAGCCAAGUUGGCCAACUACGCCAAGUACCAGCGCCUCUGUGACUUCCUGUUCAUUGUGUUCAGCGUGGCCUUCUUCAUCACGCGGCUCAUCAUCUACCCUGUAUGGAUCCUCAACACUACUCUGUUUGAGAGCUGGGACAUCAUCGGGCCGUACCCGUCCUGGUGGCUCUUCAACGCCUUACUGCUGGUCCUGCAGGCGCUCCACGUCAUCUGGUCCUACCUCAUCGCCCGCAUCGCCAUCAAAGCCAUGCUGCGGGGCAAGGUGUGCAACGACGUGCGCAGCGACAUCGAGAGCAGCUCCGCAGACGAACCGGACGCGGCCAAAGGCAAAGGCUGCCGUAAAGCCUCCACGCACGUGUCCCGCAACCGCCCCAGGGGAGAAAACGGCGCCAACGGCCACUACGCUGCUGCCAAGGCCAGGCACAGACCCCCCGCGGCUGGCGACGCCGAGGGGCUGCUGGGAGGCCGCCGUGCCGUUUAUCCUUCAUAAUGUCUUGAAGCGCUUUUCUGUCCUGUGUUAUCUAUCCCCCGGACGUUUGAGGCACACACACACACACACACACACACACACACACACACACACACACACAGACACACACUCACGGUCUCUUAUCUUGCAGUUUCUGGACAGUGGGAGCGGACGGACGUGGCGCUGAACAGGUUGUGGCCACGCAAACGCUGACUGAGGCAGUAGGGAGCCCCGUGUUGAGACGUACGACGCCACUCUCGAGGCGUUUAAACGCGUCACGAACCUAUUCUGACGUCACACGGAGGCGACCGAUUUUUGCACGAAGCUGUUCUCAAAC